CGAGUCAAAAGGAAAAGGAAAAGGAAAAGGGAAAGGAAAAGCUAAAGCAAAAGAAGACCAUCCAUAAACGUCGUCAUCAUCAAUAAUCACUAGCUUUAUUGGUGAUGGUUGUUCAUCAGACAGAUGCUCUGCUCAUCCAAUCAUCGCUCUCCACACCUAGAUGCCUAUCAUUGUUUUUACUCUGAGCCCCACAGAGAGAGACUGUUUGGUUUAAUUGUAAGAAGUGAUCUGUGAGCAGAGGAAGCAGAGGGAUAGAGAUUUAGAGAGAGAGAGAAAGACAUGGGGCUCCUUACCAACAGAGUCGAGAGAAAUGAGAUCAGACCAGGCGACCAUAUCUACACUUAUAGAGCUGUCUUCGCUUACUCUCACCACGGUAUCUUUGUUGGAGGAAGCAAAGUGGUUCAUUUUACACCCAGACGUGAUGUGCAUUCAAGCUCUGACACCACUCUCAAUUCAUAUGAUGAAAUGUCAAUUCUCCCGUCGUCGUGUCCAAUCUUUCCUGACUGUGGUUUUAGGCAACCCAAUAGUGGAGUAGUGCUCACCUGUCUAGAUUGCUUUCUUCGGAAUGGAUCCCUUUACUGCUUUGAAUAUGGAGUUAGCCCAUCUGUUUUUCUUGCCAAAGUACGGGGUGGCACUUGCACCACUGCGGCAUCAGAUCCACUUGAAACAGUCGUCCACCGAGCAAUGUACCUGCUUCAAAAUGGAUUUGGGAAUUAUGACGUAUUCCAGAACAACUGUGAGGACUUUGCCCUGUACUGUAAAACAGGGCUUCUGACAGUUGACAGGUUGGGGGUUGGACGAAGCGGUCAAGCUUCAUCUGUCAUUGGAGCUCCAUUGGCCGCCCUUCUUUCUUCCCCUCUGAAGUUGCUAAUGCCAAGUCCUGUUGGUGUGGCAACAGUAACAGCUGGGAUGUACUGUAUGAGCAGGUAUGCUACUGAUAUCGGUGUACGAACCGAUGUGAUCAAGGUAGCAGUGGAGGAUCUGGCUGUCAACCUUGGGUGGGGGAGCGGUGUUGACGAGGUACCAGAGGAGAAUCAGGUUUCUAAUUCAGGUGAUAUGGAUCUCAUUGAUUUCAGAUGAAGCUGUGCACAUAUAUAGUGGUUGACAUAAGUAAGAAUUUAGUUGACAUUAAUAAAAUAUCAUUUCUGAGUGAAUGAUCUAUAUUAUGCCUCCGGUUGUGAAAUCUGAAAGUUGCUUUCUUUUUGUUGAAGUUUGUGCAUUGACAAUGAAAACAUUAUUAAUUCAAUUGUGAAUCAGUGAAGUUCGUUGCA